AAAAAGGAAUGGAUCAACACACACAAGAUGUCUGUUUUCCCAUUGAGGAAGAUACCGCUCCAUUGUCUCCUAAACGACUAAGGACAGAUUGCACAAUAACAAACAAACACAGUUGCAAAACCCAUUUCAAAUUCCCAGAACCAUUGAGUUUCCGGAACAACGAUGGUGUCACAUCACUGCAGAAUAGGCCUAUUCUUCAGGAGGACGAAACACAUAGAGUUGAAUCUGACCAUGAAUAUCUCAAAUACACAGGGACAGGAUUUCAUUGUGAAGAAAUGGGAAAAGAGGAGAGUACAGCUCUCGGAGAUAAUCAGACAUGCGCAGGUUCAUAUAUAAUCAGUCCUCACAGUACAGAUGGAGACUCUCAAGGUCUAUGUCAAGGGCUAGAUGAGCAACAUGAUCCACUUAGUGAAACAGGCACCUCUUCUUAUAGCUUUCACUCUAGAAAUGAAGCAGGGUGUGUGUCAGCAAAGUCUCACUCUUCUGAUGACAGAACAACUGAUACAUCCUCAAGUCAUGAUUUCAAUCAGCCUGGGAAAUCACUCAAAUGCAGUCUCACCGGUACUAGUCCCUCAGCAGAUGAAGAAGCAGUGACUGAACAAAAUGGUGAAAGCCGCCUCCCAGGAACCGACCACAGCUCAAGUGUGAGUGACUGUACUGAAGAAUCUGAUUACACCUGUGAAAGCCUGGCUCUGAAUUCAGCCAUUUACUGUAUGGGCUUCAUCAAAGGAUCUACUGAAGGUGAAAAUAAUCACCAGAUUCAGAAUGAGGAUAAACAUGGAUUCAAUCAAAGUAUCUGCUGUGAGAAAGAGGCCAGGCAUUACCCAUUACCCAGUGAUUACAGAGAGGGCUGCGUGUCAUCUGGCUCUCAUGCUGAAACUGAACCUUUUGGGAACUUUACAGGAGUGAAAAAAUAUGAGGGAUAUGUAGCCAGAGAAAAUGCAGAUGUCUGCGAUAGAGAAGCAAAAGCCCAAGUUAACAAGGAGUACUUCAUGCAUAAUGACAGCUCUGCCGCAGCUGAGACAGUAGUUGAAUAUGUAGAUGGCUCCAUUGUCACUUGUUAUACGGUAUUAGACAAACCUGUACUGAGUGAUGGGGCUGAGAUCAAUAUGGGUCUUAAGCAUGAGGAUCUCCGUGAACAAACAUUAGGGCACGCUGUUGGCACUGUGACAGUUGAAACCUUGUGUGAACUGGGUGUUGAUCACAACACAUCACAGAAACUGUCGGUUUCAACACACCUCAGUCAAAAGCCAGCUGAUGUUAAUCGCAACAAGAUAGCAAGUGUAACCGAUCAUUCAGUUAUCUCUGACAUCAACGGAGUGGCUCUAGAAACGAUGUCUCCUCUCCACCCACCACAACCAGAAUAUACCACGUCUCCUCUCCACCCACCACAACCAGAAUAUACCACGUCUCCUCUCCACCCACCACAACCAGAAUAUACCACGUCUCCUCUCCACCCACCACAACCAGAAUAUACCACGUCUCCUCUCCACCCACCACAACCAGAAUAUACCACGUCUCCUCUCCACCCACCACAACCAGAAUAUACCAAGUCUCCUCUUCAUCCACCACAACCAGAAUAUACCACGUCUCCUCUCCACCCACCACAACCAGAAUAUACCACGUCUCCUCUCCACCCACCACAACCAGAAUAUACCAAGUCUCCUCUUCAUCCACCACAACCAGAAUAUACCACGUCUCCUCUCCACCCACCACAACCAGAUACCACGUCUCCUCUCCACCCACCACAACCAGAAUAUACUACGUCUCCUCUUCAUCCACCACAACCAGAAUAUACCACGUCUCCUCUCCACCCACCACAACCAGAAGAUUUCCUCUUGAGAACUGCUGAAUAUGUCAGGAAUGCUACUUUGGAGCUGUCUUUACAUUUUGAUGCUCAAAAUGGAACACAACUCAAAGGUGAAUAUGAAGACACCUGUCAGUUAUUGGUGGAACAGUGCAGCUGCACAACGGAGGAACAUGACACAAGCAUCCAUGGGAUCCAUCAUUGGGAGCCACUUCUCAGCAGCACUCCUGGCCAUGAAGAGAGUUAUGAUGCUGAAGAGGGAUGCAAAGUAAGUUCUGACACAGCAAAACACCUUUGUGAGGAAUGGGACCCAGCUGGCCAGGUUUCUACCAUUAAAGACUAUCUAAAGACACUUGAGACUGUUAGUUUUCCAUCUGAGUACGCAGUUCUGGAUGGGAUAAUGGAGGAAAACGGUGACAGUGUUACAGAAACUGACCUGCAUGUCGAUUCAGUGAACCAGGAACUUGGAAUGAUACCUCGAUGUGACAUGCUAAGCACAGGGGUCAUAGGUGCGAUGACUGGUGAGUGGAUCAACAACUCGCCCAAAAUUGCCAACCUACCAAUACUCCACCUUCCUGCAGAAGCUACACCUGGAACUGUUCUCUUGCAGGCUGCCAAGGAGGAUCCAGCAGUUGAUCACACCGACGGAACUGAAGCACUACUCAAGAUUGAAAAUAAUCAUGUGGUCCCUUUCACCUCAGUACCCAACGAUGCUGUCGUCCCAGGAUCAGAUUCUAACCCAGAGGAUGACACAGUACGGGACCGAGAGGAGGACCGAUCAGUCUCAGUCAUGCCAUCUGCGGCACACAUUCUCUCUGACUGUGUGCCAGCUGCGUUUGACACAUUUGAAAAGAUCCAGCUCUGUCCCCUUGACACCAAUGGCCUGGAGCACAGCCCUCUCCUCAGCAGCUCGCCCAGUCGAACGUUUAAAACUGAGUUCCAACACCACAGUGCUGGUGGCACUAUGCACUCAGGAGAGAGUGACGAAGAGGACAUAGCAGAGGAAGAAGAGGACCAGUGCCAAGAAGAAGCUGAGAAGGGAUUUUUUCACUGUGAAAACACCAAGUUUAAUGAAGUUCCUGUCCCCGGCUUUAUCUCACCCCAAAUCUCUCCAUCAUUGAGUCCAGAAAUGCCUUGCCAGUCUUCUAUUCUUUUCUGUGAAACUUCCCAGUUUGAUUCUCCCCCUCAGGCAAAACUCCCAACUCUCACCUCUGACAAAAACAUCCAUCCGGUCUCUGAAACCCAUGACUUCCCAGAGUUUGAAAUAAAGGAGAGGUUCGACAUGGUCAUGGAAGAGCUCAGUUUGUUUUUCGAGAUCAGUGACGAGGCAGGUUAUCAAUCAUCCAAAAGAGCAACGUCUGAACAGUGCAGCGUUAGGGACCCUGGGGCUGAGGAGGACAACACUGAUUUAAUGACGCGGAGCAGUAGUGACCGUCCAAGCAGCCAGGUUGCAGUGGAAGACGAACCACGUGGAAGCACAUCAAUGGGAGAUGGUGACCACGGUCUGAAAACAUAUCAAGCAGAACCAGAAACUACAUGUACCACUGGGGGCCUUGACUGCGAGCAGGAGGUGCCUCUUGAAUGCUGCCAUCACAGCACAGAGGGAGAGGACUCCAUGUACUCUUCAGUCAAGCACAAAGAUCACUCCAGGGGGCAAGGAGCAGAUGAGAAAUGCAAGCUGUGGUCUCCUGCGUUCAUGAUUCUCCCAUGCCUGGACCAGUUAAACCAAAGAAAGCCUGAGCAACCAAAAAGAUUGGAGCCUCUUAAAACAUGCACACGUCCCAUCAGGGUUGGACUCUCCAAGAAGGCUAAGACUAAACAACUUCACCCCUACUCCAAGUGAGCACUUGAUGAAAUGUAUUUAUGAAGGAUAUGUUACCUUAUUUUAUUUUAACUUCAUUUACACAGGGAAGUUCACCUUGAGACCCAGUUCUCUUUUACAAGUGAGCCCUUAACACAUAAAAUACCUUCGUCUUUAUAGUCUAGUAUUUCUGGGUUUAACUCUAGCUCUAUGCUAUACUAUUGAAAAUAUAAGAGAUUAUUACAAGCCUUACUUCAUAUGAGAAACUGAAACUUUUUCCACA